AUGUCGAGGGAGACCUCUCCCGAUGACAGAAGACAACUCUCAUCGAGCUCAGCAUCGAAUAGUGCUCGCUCCACACCGGUGAAGAAAUUCCGCCGAAAACCCGGCCUCAAUCGGUGGCACUACAUCGGAGUCGCUGUCGCAUGCUGUCUCGUUUAUUCGAACGCCGUGGGAUGUGGUUUCGUCUUCGACGACGUCUCCGCAAUCCGCGAUAACAAGGAUCUCCGGCCCGAGACCCCGAUCUACCGGUUGUUUUUGAACGAUUUUUGGGGGACACCCAUGAACAAAGAGCACAGCCAUAAAUCAUAUCGUCCCCUAACAGUUCUCAGUUUCCGUCUCACGUACUUUCUCCAUGGACUGGAGCCGUUCGGCUACCACUUAGCGAACGUGCUGUUGCACACGACAGUAUCAUGUUUUCUUAUGUCUGUCGUCAGCGAACUCGUUUCUCCCUGGACGGCAUUCGUCUGCGGUAUAUUGUUCGCCGUACAUCCGAUUCACACGGAAGCGGUCACAGGAGUUGUCGGAAGAGCCGAAUCGCUGAGCGCGAUUUUCUUCCUGGCGGCUUUUCAAACGUACAGGACCUCUCUGAAGACACCGCUCAAGUUUCUAUUAUGUGUGUUGUUUACUUAUACGGCGACUCUGUGCAAAGAGCAGGGAAUCACCGUCGUCGGACUCUGUAUGGCGUAUGAGCUGUUAGUGAUUCGUUGUGUUCGCCCUCAAGAAUUGAUCUCAUACUUUUACUCGGCACCGAAAGCAGGCCUCCCGUCAUGGUUGAGAGCUUCCCUGUUCAGAUGCCUGUAUCUGAUGGCGGCGGCAGCUUUCUUCAUGUACGCUCGAAUCAAGGUGAUGGGUUCGCAAUUGCCGAUAUUUACCAAGUUCGAUAAUCCAGCAGCUAUGGCCGAGUUCCCGGUCCGCCAAUUGACGUUCAAUUACCUUCUCCCGGUGAACUUCUGGCUACUUCUGAACCCCUUCCACCUGUGCUGCGAUUGGACUAUGGGAACGAUACCUCUGGUCGAAAGUUUGACCGAUCCGAGAAUCUCAAGCAUUAUUGUGUUUUACAUGGUAUUUAUCUCGAUAGCCUCCAGCUGUUGUUUUUCUCUGAGCUCGGAACAGUACAGAGUAGUCGUAUUCGCUCUGAGUUUGUUAGUUUUCACUUUCUUGCCGGCCUCGAAUUUCCUCUUCCCGGUCGGGUUCGUUGUGGCGGAGCGAGUACUGUACCUUCCGAGCAUGGGUUUCUGUUUAUUGGUCGCGUUCGGUUGUGAGAGACUUCGUUGCCGAUGGGGGAAACUCAUCGACUUUCUCGUCGUCGUUCUUGUGUUGUGUCACGCCGGGAAAACGUUCCAGCGGAACUUCGACUGGACCUCGGAGAUUCACAUUUUCAAGAGUGGUCUCCGGGUGAACACUCAAAACGCUAAGCUUUACAACAAUAUCGGUCACGCGCUGGAACAGAACCACCUUUACGGCGAGGCGCUUAGAUAUUUUCGGAGAGCCGUUGAGGUUCAACCAGACGAUGUAGGAGCACACAUAAACGUGGGUCGCACGUUGAAUAAUUUGAAGUUGUACGACGAAGCGGAGAAAGCGUUCUUGGCAGCUAAAUUUUUAUUGCCUCGACCCAGGAAGGGGAAGAAAUAUCAGACGCGAAUAGCCCCCAACUACUUGAAUGUUUUUCUCAACUUGGCCAAUUUGUACGCACGGAACUCGUCGAGGCUCGAGGAAGCCGAUGCCCUCUAUCGUCAGGCGAUCUCCAUGAGAGCAGACUACAUUCAGGCAUACAUAAAUCGAGGCGAUGUCCUCAUCAAACUCAAUAGAACUCAAGAAGCUUGGCAUGUUUACGAAAGGGCUCUCGAGCUUGACAAGAGCAAUCCCGACAUUUAUUAUAACAUGGGUGUUGUUCUCAUCGAAUUGGGGAAACCCACUCAAGCUUUGCAGUAUUUUGAGGAGGCGCUGCGAGUGAGUCCCGAUCACGAGCAAGCUCUCAUGAACUCGGCGAUCCUCAUCCAGGAGUCUGGGAACGCUAAACUCCGCGACCUAGCGGUUCAACGCCUCAACCAACUCCUCCAGAAAGGCCAAGAGAACGAAAGGAUCUGGUUCAACUUGGCGAUGCUUGCCACGGAUAACAAACAGUUCACUGACGCUGAACGAUACUUCAAACUCGCUCUGAAACACAAACCCAACUUCCGGAGCGCACUCUUCAACCUGGCUCUGCUCCUUUCGGACACCGGUAGACCUCUCGAUGCAAAACCUCAUCUCGAGGCUCUCCUGGAGCGAUAUCCCGAUCACACCAAAGCUCUGAUCUUGUUAGGAGAUAUUUACAUAAAUCAGCUGAAGGACACGGAGCGAGCCAGGGAGUGUUACGAGAAAAUUCUGCAGAGCGACCCGAACAACAUACAAGCCAUGCACAAUCUUUGUGUUGUGCAUGUGAACGCCGGGAGACUAGACUUAGCGGAGAAAUGUCUGCUUUCAGUUCAACGCAGAGCUCCGAAAGAAGUUUACAUCAAGAAGCAUCUGGAGAUCGUACGAAAACGGAUCGAGGCACUCCGCAAUGAGGCCAAGCGCCCGUAGACUCGCGAAAAUCCUCGCGAGAACCGCGGGAUUCCCGAUACAAGGUGCAUUCGAAGAGGGGGG